GUGACAUAUCGAGGUCAUUUUAUCGUUAUCGCCUUGACUAUCAUGUUUCCAUUGACUUGUAUUAUAUCUUAUACAAUGGCGGUUCUGUUGGGUCAUGUCAACGCAUGGUUUCCAUAUAUCAGUGAUACAGGUACGAGGCCGCCUGAAAGUUGUGUUUUUGGUUUUCUACUGGGUAUUUAUGCAUUAAUUUGUGCUAAAGUCGUCCAUCUUAGAUAUCGACAAGUAUCUAUAUAUUAUACCGACAGUAAUAGGAAUGCUUUACUUAUAACGAAUAAAGUUGGUUUAUUUAUUGGUUGGUCAGCUGCUCUAGGCAUUUACCUUGUCGCAAACUUUCAGGAAACAAAUGUGCUUGCAGUUCAUUUAGUCGGGGCGUUUCUAGCCUUCAUGGUAGGCUGUGUGUACAUGUGGGUGCAAACAAUUAUUUCUUAUAGAACGAGUCUACUACCAGGACAUAGUCACAAUUAUACCAGACUGCGGUUGUUUUUAACCGUAUUAAAUACUCUUGGAAUCAUAGUCUUUUUAGUUUUUGCUACGAUAGCCAGUGGUAAGAAACCAAAGGAUGAUCAACAUUGGGGACCCGGAUCAAAUGGCUUCACAGAGCAUGUGGUGUCAACUUUAUUGGAAUGGGUCGUAGCCUUUAUAGCAACCGGAUAUUUCUUAACAUUUGCCAAAGAAUUUCACAAAUUUGAACUUCAAGAAGCGAAAUUGAAUUUCUUGGAAUCUGGGAGUAAUUUUGAAUUAGGGGGUAAAUCCACGGAAGAGAUACCCCCAGUGACUAUAAAUGGAAUAGAAAAUUACUGA